AUGGAAGCAAGAUCUUAUGAGGGCCCCAUGGACUGGGAGUACCAGGACAAGGGCCCUCUAGACCCAACUAGCCCUUUUGCACAAGCUGCAAAGAGUGCACAACGGAAUACUCUCGGAUCACCAUUCAAAACAGCUCGACCUCCGAAUCCCUUUGCGCAUCUUCAGUCGCCAUCAAAAUCUCAGUCCAACCUUCCUCAAACGUCUCGGUUUACACCCCAACUGUCCUCGAGAAACACUGCUCCACCAUUCCGAAAUCCCGCCUUUACGACCCCUAGAAAACCUCUCGAUGAGGUUGUCUUUUCUGAAGCAUCUGGUGCGGAGGAUAGCCCAGCUGGCGCAGAGGUUUCAGACUAUCCAAACGACACUCCAGAAGUAGACCGUAAAGCCGACAUCUCCAUGGGUGCAACUAUUACGCCUCUCAAAAUUGACAAGUCUUCCCGUUAUGGGAAAUCGAGUUCUAAGAAGCACCUUUCGGGCAAGGGAGAGAUUCGGGCGCAUCGUGACCUCAACGUGACGAUGCGGAAACGAAAACGGCACAACUUGGACAAGGAUGUUGGCAGCAUUUCUCGGCACAGUGGAUAUGAAGGCGACUCCUGGGACUCAGACUCGGACUCGGAUUCGGACGCUAUUGGCGUAGCUCAGAAGCCUAGGAGUCGCUCAAAGGGCAAAGGAAAGCCGGGGAAACAACAGGGAUACUUCGAGUCACUUUUCUAUGCGCUCAACAAGUAUCCCAAUACUCCAGAUCACAUGCAACGAUGGAUGCAGCUCGGCGCCAACGUGUUUCUAGUCUCCGUGUUGACGUAUGUGAGCUGGUCAGUUGUAAGCACCAUACGUACGGAUAUUUCCAACGCCAACAUGGCCGCACACCAAAAGAUAGUCAGCACCAUGGACGCUUGUCGCCACGACUACACAAUCAACGACUGUGCCAACAACAAUAAACCAGCUCUGAACAAACCAUGCAGCGAGUGGUAUGAAUGCAUGAUGCAAGAUCCAGACGCCAUCAUGAGAGUCAAGGUUACCGCAAAGCAAGUGGCGGAGAUUAUCAACGAGUUUACUGAAACAAUGCAUCUCAAGGCAUGGGACGGCGAAGCCCAAGCAAAGGAGACAGGCAAUUAA